GGUGCAGCUGCAGUUGUCAAAUUUAGUUUAUAGUAGUUGGUCGUGUAUUGAUUUCACAGAAAAUUUACAGUGAAAAUUACGAUUAAUUAAUAUAUUUUCAUAAACAAAAAUUAAAAUGAGUUUCGAACUGGAAUUCGAUUACGAGGCCACUACCGCAGCGAUGGAUAUUUUUUCGCAAGAUCACAUAGAUACGUUAAAAGAUUGGACACAAACUUUAGAUAAAUCGAAAUACAUACCAAAAGAUUUAACUAAUAAACAAUUACUGUUAUUCUAUAAUGCAUGUUAUGGCGAUAUUGAAAAGACGAAAACCUGUAUAGAAAGAUACUAUAAUCUUAGAAAGAAUACCCCUGAGCUGUUUGAUAAUCGAAUACUUUCCCUGGAUGACAUGAAAACGUGCGUCGAGGCCUUAGAGUUCUCCGUGCUUCCGGGCAGGUCGUGUAAGGGUUACGACCUCAUCUACCACAGACUUCACCUGACUGACCCCUCCAAAUACAUCUUCGAGUCAGCAGCAAAAAUGCUCUUCAUGACUGUUGAUGCCUGUUUAUACAAACGAGGUCCACAACCGGGUCAUAUAUUCGUUUUUGAUAUGCGUGGAGUCAAACUUGGACACAUAACACGAGUUGGAUUAUUCUUCCAAAAGGAUAAACAAAGGCCCCUGCGCAAGUUCUUUCAGUAUAUACAAGAAGCGAUGCCAGUUCGUAUGAAGUCAAUACAUGUGUUCAAUACCGAACCGGUUAUCGACAAAGUGAUGAUGCUCAUCCGGCCCUUUUUGGAUAAAAAGUUCUUUGAUAUGAUAAAGUUCCACGCCAAAGAGGAAGAUUUCGAGAAUUUCUAUGAAACGAUCAUUCCCAGGUCGUCAUUGCCUCCAGACCAUGGGGGCACUUUGCCAGACACGCAGACGUUACACAAAAAAUGCAUACAACAACUAAAAUCAUUAGAACCACAUUUUGCAGCCGAAGAGCAACAACGAAUUAAUGCGCUUCCUGACAAAAAGCGGGAAAAACAUAUGGAGAGAGCAUUUAAGAAUCUCGACAUUGAUUAGUAUUCAACGAUCUUUCAAUGUCAAUUCAAAUGUCAAGUUUAAGUUUUGCAGAAAUCUUAUGUUGAGCUGAGGAUUUUCCCACCUAGGGAAACUAUUUAAUUAAAAAAACAAAAUCUUGCCUAGCUUUUAAGUACACACUUGAACAAUUAUAAAGACAGGCGCAGAAAAAGUCUUUAAUAGAUACUAAAACUGGUUUAAA